AUGCUACGAACGGAUACGUCCACCCAACAUACAAAUGCCCACACGUCCGCGUCUGCCAUGGCUUCCACAUUCUCUCGAAAUACUGGGCUACCUACAGUCUCCCCAAUGUCGCCAGCUUCGACACCAUUAUCUCCGCAACAGUUGUCGUCGUUGAAGUAUCAGAUCGUUGCUUAUAGACUGAUCUCGAAGAAUAUGCCAGUUCCUCCUCAUUUACAGCAGGCUAUGUUUGGUCCCGGGGCUGUAAUGAACAAUUUAUCAGCUCAGGAAGCUGCGGCUGCCACACUGCCAGCAAAAUUGGUUGAAGGAGCGUAUACGCAUCAUAGUCAACCUAUUGGUGCUGGUAAUACUGGGACUGCGUCAGUUGCGAGUGAUCAAUCUGCGCAACCAAAUUCUUCACCUUCACCUGCAUUGUACAAUGCAUAUAUUGAUCCGUACACAUAUUUGAAGAAACCCUUUAGCCAGUCAGCAGGCUCUCGUUUCCAACGCCUAUUGAUCCCUAGUAUAACGCCUCCCGGACUAGAUCCAAUUGAUUUACUCAUGGAAAGAGAGAGAAGAAUGGAGGCGAGAAGGGAGCAGAGAAUACGGCAAUUAGAGAAUAAGUUGGCUAGUUUGUCUAAUGAUGCUUUGAAGAUGGGUGAUGGGAGCGAAAAGGAGAAUAAGAGUGCUUCUAUAGCUAGUCCUAAGAUUAAGGCUUUGAUAGAAGUAAAGAGUUUAAAAUUGCUGCUGAAAAGGAAUAAGCUUCGCCAAGAAAUCUAUAAGGGCAACACCAAAACAGCUACCCUCGCAACAUCAAAUCAUCGUGCAGAUUUUCGUCGCAUGAAGAGACCAUCUCUACGGGAUGCUCGCAAAACCGAGAAAUUGGAACGCCAACAACGUGUUGAUCGGGAACGUCGCGAGAAGCAAAAGCAUCUUGAUUAUCUCCAAUCAAUCUGUACACAUGGCCGAGAUCUAAUACAAUGGCAUCGCACAAACCAGGCGAAACAGUCAAAAAUUGGUCGUGCUGUUCUCAACUAUCAUUCUCAAAUUGAGAAAGAAGAACAGAAAAAAGAAGCACAGAAGGCAAAGGACAGGUUGAAAGCGUUGAGAAAUGACGAUGAGGAAGCAUAUUUAAAGUUGAUCGAUCAGGUGAAAGACACUAGAAUUACGCAUUUGUUGAAACAGACAGAUGCAUAUUUGGGUAGUUUGGCCCAGGCAGUUUUGGCGCAGCAGAACGUUGAAUUGCAUAACGAUCCGACCAUGAAAGGUGAAAUUGAGUUAAUGGAUGAGCAAGACAAUACAGAGGUUGAGAUUGAUGGGAAGAAGCUCGAUUAUUUUGCUGUCGCUCAUAAAAUUAAAGAAGAAGUCGAACAACCUGCUCUAUUAGAUGGCGGCACUUUGAAAGAAUAUCAGGUUAAAGGGUUACAAUGGAUGGUAUCUCUGUAUAAUAAUCGUCUUAAUGGAAUCUUAGCCGACGAAAUGGGUCUCGGAAAGACAAUACAGACCAUUUCAUUAGUAGCAUAUCUCGUUGAGCGCAAGAAACAAAAUGGUCCAUUCUUGAUUGUUGUUCCUUUAUCCACUCUAACGAACUGGACCAUGGAGUUUGAAAAAUGGGCUCCUCAAAUCACCAAAUGUGUCUACAAAGGUCCCCCCAAUGUUCGUAAAGAACUCCAACACACCUUCAUUAAACACAUCAAUUUCCAAGUCCUUCUGACCACCUACGAGUAUAUUAUCAAAGACAAACCCGUUUUAAGUAGAAUCAGAUGGGUGUAUAUGAUUAUUGACGAAGGUCACAGAAUGAAGAAUGUGAAUUCAAAGUUGUCAACCAUAUUGACCAAUUCGUAUCAAUCAAGAUUUCGUUUAAUUUUGACUGGUACGCCCUUGCAGAAUAACCUUCCGGAACUAUGGUCACUUUUGAACUUCGUUCUUCCAAGAAUCUUUGAUUCAGUGAAAAGUUUCGAUGAAUGGUUCAAUACACCUUUUGCUAACACUGGUGGACAGGACAAAAUAGCGCUUAACGAAGAAGAGGCAUUGCUUAUAAUUAGGCGUCUACAUAAAGUAUUACGCCCCUUUCUUCUGCGACGUCUCAAAAAAGAUGUCGAAUCUGAGUUACCGGAAAAAGUUGAAAAAGUCUUGAAAUGCCGGUUUUCAGCCCUACAAACCCGACUCUAUAGUCAAAUGAAGAAGCAUGGGAUGCUUUUUGUCAGUACUGGCGAAAAAGGCAAAACUGGUAUCAAAGGCUUAAACAAUACUAUCAUGCAACUUCGUAAAAUAUGUAACCAUCCAUUUGUGUUCGAGGAUGUCGAAAAAGAUAUCAAUCCGUCAAAAACAAGCAAUAGUCUUCUUUACCGUGUCUCUGGGAAAUUCGAAUUGCUGGAUAGGGUUCUCCCUAAAUUCUACAGAACAAGACAUAGGGUGUUGAUCUUUUUCCAAAUGACGGCUAUUAUGAAUAUUAUGGAGGAUUUUCUCCAUUAUCGUCGAUACAAAUAUCUUCGAUUAGAUGGUUCAACGAAGGCCGAAGACCGCUCUACCUUGCUUAGAUUAUUCAAUGCAGAAGACUCUGACUACUUUGUAUUCUUGUUGAGUACUCGAGCUGGGGGCUUGGGAUUGAACUUGCAGUCUGCAGAUACUGUGAUAAUUUUCGAUUCUGAUUGGAACCCUCAUCAGGAUCUUCAAGCUCAAGACCGUGCUCAUCGUAUUGGUCAAACGAGAGAGGUUCGCAUUUUGCGACUGAUUUCACAAAAGUCGAUAGAAGAAAAUAUUCUGGCCAGAGCACAGUAUAAAUUAGAUAUUGACGGGAAAGUAAUUCAAGCUGGAAAAUUUGACCAAAAGAGUACAGCAGAAGAGCGAGAGGCGUUUUUGGAGCGCAAACGCGAGGAAGAGGCUGAAUGGCGACGACGAGGAGGUCGUGGAAAAUGUCCAGAAAGAUUGGUACAAGAUGAGGAGUUGCCUGAUAUGUAUCGGAAAGACGAGGAUAUAUUAUUCAACCAGAGCCAAGACCCCAUGGAAUACGGUCGAGGGCAGCGCACUAGGGGUGAGAUUCGGUAUGAUGAUGGUUUGACCGAAGAACAGUGGUUAAAUGCCAUUGAAGACGAAGAAGUUGACGUCGCGGAGGUAAUUGCCAAGAAACAGGAAGCAAAGAGACGACGAGAAGCAAGAAAACGUCUCAAGGCGGAGAAAUCUAAUCAUAAUGACAUGCAUCCAAUGGAAGACGUGGUUGACAUAUCGGAGUUUAAGAAGAAACGUGGUAGACCACGGAAAGAGGAUUACCCUGGUGACGACGCUAGCGCUGUUGAUACGAGUAAAGCGAAAAAGAAAAAGAAAGGGAAGCAAAUGGAACGUGAUGACGAUGACGAAAUGCCUAAGAAAAAACGGAAAAUCAAGAAUGACGUGGUCGAUACCGUUCCCGAGAACGUUCGUAAACAAAUGACACAGAUAUUCACGCAAUGUUAUGACGUGGUUAAGAACUGUAUGGAUGAGUCUGAAGGCGAGCCUCGCCAACGGGCGUUUUUAUUCCUGGAUCUACCUAGCAAGAAGGUGUAUCCUCAAUACUAUGUUAUGAUAGCCAAACCAAUAGCGUUGGAUAUUAUAAAAAAGAAAAUAAAGAACAAAAGCUAUCGAAAUGUCAAACAGUUUAGGGAAGAUUUCCAUCUGAUGUUCGAGAAUGCAAAGACGUUCAACGAAGAAGGGUCCCAAGUGUACAUGGAUGCAUGCGAGUUGAUGAGAAUAUUUGACGAGAAAUUCGAAGAACUCUGCCCUAAUGGCGAAUUACCGUCUUUAGAGGACGCCGAAGUCCAGGAGGCAACAAACUAG